GGAAUUUCGUUUCAACGGAAAAAAAUGAAAUUUUAUAAUAUAUUUGAUUAAUAUAUGUGCCCAAAUAAUGCUGUACAUUAAAACAACUUUGAUAAUUAUUAUUAUGAAUGUAAGUAUUAACUUUACUCCCACGGGACCUUUUAGUACGUUACAUAGGCUGAAACCAUAAAUUAUUUCACUUGCAAGCUGUUUUCGUUUCCGCCAUUUUUGCCCGUUGAGUUGUUCAAUCAAAUUUGAGCAAAUGUAAGAAUUUAACCGGGUCAAAAACCCGCAUUUUUUGUUGUUAUUGAAACGAAAAGUUAUAAUUUUCAUUUUUACACACGAUCAAGUUUAAAUUUAAACUGGAUUUAACAACACUAUAAUCAUUGUUUAACCCAUUCAAUACGUCACAAUUUUUUUAAGGGAACGCAGUAAAAUUUUGGGACAAAAAUUCUAUUUGACCUGAUGAUUUUAAACUGAAAAGCUCUGUUUUGUUAUUUAUCAAAAUUAUAUCAUGCUGCAUAUCCAAAUGUAGGUAAUUGAAAAAGGAAUAUGUUUCUAGUAUAAAAAAGUGAUAAAGAAAUACCCAAAGAAAAUUUUUGGGGGUAUUAUUGCAGGUUUAUGUAAAAAAUUAUUUAAAAUUUAUUUGGUUUUGCUUUACUCACCAGCUCAGAAAUCAGAUAACAAUAAUCCAAUCAAGUUCAUAUUUUUUUUAAAUGAGUCUUGUGAUACAUCCAAAACAACUGGAAAGUUUCAUUGCAGUAGCUCCAGAAAUUGUAAAGUUAUGAAUUUCUUUCCCAAGACACGUGUUAAAAUUUUUUUUUCAAAAAUUCAACAAUAAAAAUAGUUAUACUCAAAUAUUUACACAUAUUUCACAUAUUUACUAAAUAUAUACACAAAUGAAGUUAUUAUUUUAAAUGAAAGGCCUUGAAGCAUCCUUUAGGAUGGAGAUGGGGUUUGGAUUCACACCCAGUACAAUAGAAAUGUGUGCGUACUCGCUUUGUUGCAGUUGAGCAAUAUGCACAAGAUCGGUCCCUUUCAUGAUAAUCAACAAUGUGCUGAGCAUCAUUAGACUUUUCGAGGCAUCCGGUCUCUGGACCCUUUCCUGGUGCUUUUAGUACUUGAAUUAAUGCUACUUCCUCUGUUAGCUGACGCAUCAACAUAAGUUUAUAUUGUUUUAGACUCAUUUUUACUUUGUUUGCAUCUGCUGCUUGACAGAGUAAAAACAAAAUGUACGAGUUCACCUGUGUAAUUUCUAACAGCCAGAAAAAAAUCUUUUUCCACCAUUUCAAUGUUUUUCGCUCAUAAACACAGUAAUAUGUUACUUUUUGGUCUAGCUUAUCGCAGCCAUUCAUCUUGUGAUUAUAAAUGUCUAUCAUUUCCGGUUUAUCCAUUUUUUUUGUUUCGGUAACUUGUACCCUAGCAUCUGUGGACACUAAUAUGACAUUUUUUUUUGCCUUUUUGUCCCUGAAAGCAACACAGAGCAUGCUCUUGUUUUGGUUUAUAUACCACUUCAUCUCUUUUUGUUGUAAAGAUAAAGAUUUUAUGUCUAGUGGAAAUCCAAUGCGGUUGAUAUUCAGUGUUCCUGUAUAGUAUUGGUUUUUGGCAAGAAGGUAGUCAACAAGUUUUCUUGACGUAUAAUAUCUGUCAGCAAAAAUUUUGUGUCCAGUACCCACAUGCUGCAGUAAAGUAUGAAAAACUUGCACAGCCUGUCCUCCAUCUUUAUCUGUUUCUGGGUUAUAGGAGGUAUUGGCUCCAAAAUAGGUCAAAAUAUCAACAACAUAACCCGUUGAGGAAUCACACAGGCCAAAUGUCUUGAUAUGAUAUUUGCUAGGCUUAGUGGCAUUAUAUUGUUUGAAUUGCCAUCUGCCCUUGAAGCCUAUUACCAUUUCAUCUAUGCUAAGUUCCUGAAAAGGGUAGAAUGCAUUUCUAAACUUAUUCAAGAGUAUGUUCAUAAAUGGUUCAAUUUUAUCUUUCCCUUCGGAAUUUUCAUCGCCACAGUGUAGCAUGGAGUGAUAGAUGUCCUGAAAUCUCUGUCUGUUAAAUACAUGGUGUAUCCAUGGAGUAUAGGAUUCAGCAGACAUAGACCAAUAAUCAGAAAUAGCUGGCCUUUUAUACAUCCCCAUGUAGAUUAGAACAGCAAUAAAUUUGUCUAGCUCCUGCCUUGAUAUGUCCACCCAUCGACUAAAGACAGAGCGUCUAAGUGCAGGUGUGUUCAUGUGAACUUUCUUUUUAGCAUAGGCAUUUAUAGAUUCAACAAUGUAAUCUUUAACAUUAUCAUCAAAUAGUUCAUUGAAAAAGUUAAUAGGUGUAGGGUUUAAAAUGUUUUGAAGUUUAGGGCAAACUCCAGGAUUUCUAAGGGGAUGAAAUCGGAAAUUGUUUUCAGUUUGUCCUGUUUGGACUUCGGACCACUCUGUCUCAGUAGGGAAAUAAUUUGAACUAGUAGAUUGACUAGUUUUAGAUGAAGAUGAAUUAUGCUUUGAAGUUGAAGCCACAGAAUUAGUAGAACUUGAACUAGGCCUAGUUGGUGUUGAUUUUUUUUUUCCUUUUCCUUUUCCAAUGGAUACUUUUUGUCUCUUUGUAGUCGGAAUAUAUUCCUCAUCACUAGUUUCCUCAAAUAAUACAUUUUCGUAAUCACUAUCACUAUCACUGUUGUCAGAUUUAUCUUCAUUUGAACUUGAAUCGUCUAAGCAAAUCAAUUUACUUGCCUCAUCGGCAGUCAUAGAUCGAAAUCCUUGUCGAUUAGAACUAGCACUGUUAAUAGUUGAAUGGAAAAGUUGGAAUACUAAUAAAAUGAAACAAACCAGUGGUGACGCAGAGAGUGGCUAAACGUACUCUGCCGAAAUCGCGGUGACGCACACUGCGGCGAAACGUAUUAAAUGGGUUAAAAUAUUAUGGAAUGGUACCCCCUUUCAUUUAUCCACGAAUCAUGCCUCAUCAUCAUGGCAUGAUGUUAAACUAACUUCGAGAAGUAAAUUCAGUAGAAAUUCUGUCAGAAGUAGAAGCCCAUCCGAUCCCUCAAUCAGCCUAACUUAACUAACACUAAGUUCACAAACUACUGGUACAAUACUACCUUAACUCCAACUAAUUUAAUAAUAUUUUACGCCUAUAUUUAUUUUUACAAAAAGGGCUAGUUUAGACUUUAGACCAGUACUUGAGUUCUGAGUAGUUUUCCUUGCUGGAAAUGCAGAGUGAAGUAAGGUGUGUUAGAGUUGAGUAGUGUAGUGUAGGCGUCGAUUACAUUAUUAUUAUUUUAUUGUUAAUUAAGGCAUAAUGACAAAAUGUUAUUCUUAUUAGGCCUAUGCCUAUACUAUAUAGUAUAAAAUAUAGGCCUAAUUGCAAUUGAAUAAUUUUUUAAAUAGUCUACUAAAAUUAAUUCCUAGUACUAGUAGUACUAGUAUUAUUAAUUAUGGUAUUAUAUUUGGUAAAUGACAUUGGGCAUAGCAUUAAAUGACUUCUCUUUUUAUUUAAAAAUUUAGGCUAAUCAGGAUUAUUCAGUUUAGAUUUAGUCUGAAUUAAAUUUAGGCCUAGAAAUAAUUAUUAUCAACUAUAACUAUAAGUCAACAUUCUUGUGUACUAUUUAUUAUACAAAUUGAAAUAUGCCUACCCUACAAAUUCUACAUAAUCAUAAAAUCACUAUCCAUUCAUCCAUUCCUUCAUUAUGAGCAGACUUUUAAUCCCCUUCCCCCAUCAUAACAAAAAUUUAAAAAACUCUCGUCACACAUUCACAUUGUAAAAAAAUUUGUGAUCUCCAUUUCCUACUCCAGUAUGUUGGUGGAUAAUGAUGAGUGAUGACAAUUUAUAGAAUAGAAUCGCUAAAAAAUUAAACAGCUAGGCAGUGGGUGAUUUCUCACAAAUUAAUUUAAUUCAAAUUGUAAGCCAGGCCUACUCAAAAGUUAAGUUACCAUAAUAAUAAUAAUUGUACUAACCGUAUUAGUAAUUAGCUCAAAUCUAAGACAGAGUUCCCCAUGGUGGGAGGGGGGUGAUAUUAGGACGUAAAUGUACCACCCCGACCCCUGUAGGAAAGUCAACCGUUGGCACUGCGAGAGCAGUGUCCAGCCGACUGGAUGUCCUUGGGCUAGAAUAGCCCCAAAUGGUAAACCAGAUUAAGCGGAUGGAGGUGGGGACUGUCCUGACAAAGGGAAUUUGACUGUGGUAUUAAAGUUGGCACAUUGUAAAUUAACAAUUUAUCUUACAAUUUAAAAUUUGAAACAUCCUUACUGUCUCCCUUUAUUCAAAUUAAGUCUGUAAAUACUGUAAUAACCAUGCUGAGCUAAACCAUAUUUUCAUUUGAUAAAGUGAAAAAAAAAUGUUUUGCAAUAACAAUUCUGACUUCUUUUUUUUAGCUCUGAACAGCAUGAAUCCAUUAGUCAUGGAGAAAGAAACAAUUAAUAUCAAUGGAAGUGCUAUAUCUAGUAGUCCAACAAUGGAAGAAAAGGCAAAAAAAAAUGGUAAUUACUAAUUGUUAGUUAAGGAGAAAAAUUUAUAUUUAAAAAUCAUUUUUAACCUUUUUGUGCUAAAUUAAGAAUAAACUAUUGAUGUUUUGACGAAUAUGUAAGUUCAUGGUGAAUUCUUUUCUUAAAAUACAUAUAAAAUCUAGAGGUUAUCAUGAGUUAAAGUAACCUUUUAAAAAAUCAGCUCCACUGCCACUAUUGAUGAGUUUCCUAUGGCCGGAUCUAGAAAUACCAAGGCUGCUACCAUCUUGUUGAAAAUGGGUCCAUGUUCUUCCGGUUUGGGAUAUGAUGAUAAGGGGUUUUCCAAUACCUUGUUUUUGAUAUCAGCCUAAAUUUUUUUAGUUUAGCCAGCACCAAUUUUUUUAUUAGUUAAAAAGCUCCGGGCUAUGUUUUUUGUGAGGAGAAGAUAUGAAAUUUACAUUCCUAAUUCUUUCUAGGAUUCCAACUUGAGAGCCAAAUUUAAAGAAUUUAAUAAGUUUAAAAAUUAAAAAAUAUUAACCCUCUUGAGAUGGAAACUUUUUGGACUGUCUGCCCUUGUCACAGGCCCUGCAAUUAACUUAUUUUACAAAAAAUUUAUAAAAAAUAAACUAAUUUCUUUACAAAUAUAAAAACUAUAUGUAUUCUUGUAGGGAAUUAAAUGAGUUAAUAUGAUCUUUAUGAAUCAAACUGAAAUCUCAACAUUUAUGCAAAUGAGAUAUCCUGAUUUGCAGAAUUUAAUUAAAGGUAAUGAUUUUUUUGAAGCUUUAUUAAGCACAACCCAUAUUUAAGUGAGAUUCAUUGUGAAUACCUGCAUGAAAUAUUCCCUUGGGCUGCAAAUGCCUUUUGGCAUAUUUCAAGGUCAUAUUUUUAAAGCACUUUUAGGGGCACUAGGUAAAAUUUAAAAAAAACAUAAAAUGACAGAUCAUAGUAAACUAUUAAUGCAAGCCAUCAUUAAAAUGGUGAGGUGAGCAAGAAAUGCCAGAAGCAGUCAUAUUAGCUGGUACAAAGAUAAGCCAGCCAAUCUUGAGGCUUUUCUUAUUAGGGCGGAUGGAUCAGCGGUUUGCCUUUUUUUUGCCAUAACACUCUGGGCCGAUAGACCGGCCUAGCCAUCUUAAGAGGGUUAAUAUGACUGUUAUGUAUGGCACAUUUUCCCCAUGCGUGAACUAUGUUGAACCCUAGCACACGCUACGUUCAUAGAUGGGCGUGGCCUAUUUGUUUGAUGUAUCUUGUUUACUACAGACUUCCAAUGAAACAUGGUUAGUAGGUCUACUAGUAUCUUGUCGAAGGUUCUCGAUUGUAUUAGAAAAGUAAGGGCAUUUCUAGACGCAUAGGUAGACCCACAUAUAUAAAUGAUUGACAGACACAGAGAAGACGGAGAUUGAUAGAUAUUUUUAACUUCACGAGUCGUGUAUUAUUCUUUGUGUACUUAUAUGUGUUUAUUCGCGUUGAUCAUUCAUCAUUAUUAAUUGGCACAUUGUACUAACUGUGUUAACUGUUUACUGGUACAAGAUCUACCAUACUGUAAGUUGAUGAUUUGUAAUUAUAUUUCUUUUGUUUUGUAAUUGUAUUAGUUUUUGCGUGUCAUAUCUUUAUUAUUGUAUUUCUCUAUGGUAUCGUUGCACUGUGUGAACGAGCCAUAACUUAAAACAAGAGAUUAAUUUCUCACAAGAGAAGCCAGUGCGUAACAUGACAUGCAUAUUAUCAGCUGAUUUGAAUUUUUAAUUUUAAAAAUACAGAAACAGGGGGUAGCAUUUUCUUUAGAUAAAAAAGCUGGUUAUUUUUCUGCGGCAAAUCGCCGAACUUGAUAUAAGAAAAUCAUAAAAUGGUUAACAUUGUGUAUCAACAAAUAUUUCUUAUAUCUGAUUUAUGAGCCAUUUUUUAAUUACUACAGUACACAACCCAAUAACUGGCAUUAAGCUAUCACAUAUACAGAAUAAAGUGUUCUGAAUUUCUGAUUAUACAAAUUGGGGAAAAGGUGGAUCAGGAAGUAAAAUAUUUUUUAUCAACAUGUAGCAGACCUGUUUACUCUUACGAUUUUGGCAUACAAUGUAAGAUUUUGAGGUGUAAACAUUAUAUAUCAUAAUGUAUGUUUAUUUUUUAUUUUAACUAUGUAAGUUAUUGAGCGAUUUUGUGAUGAUAUUGUACGAUUUUGAGAGUUUGAGGGUAAACAGGUCUGAUGUAGAUGAAAGAGAAACUGACAAAUUAAAAUCUAAAAAAAUGUGUAUCAAUUCCAGCACUGACAAGGUCAGUUUUAAAGUUCAUAUAAUCUUUAUAAAGAAAAAUAAUAAAAGGUGGCAUAAUUUAAUUUUUCCUCAAUUAACUUUGAAUUAAUUUCUUCAGCAGAUUUGGAAUGUGAUGUUUGUGGCCAGGAGCAUGCUACAGAGGAAUGUCCAGAACUGGGACUUUCUACUACAAAAUUUAUACCACAAAUAUCUAGGUAAAUUUAGCUCAAUUCUGUUUUUAACAAUUCUAACAAAAAUUUAUGAGGAAAAAAUCAGGAGAUAAUCAGACAUCUUUUUCUAACUGGUACCUAUCUUUUCUGACCAAUAAAUCAGCAGAUAUAAGCCUAAAAAAUUUCUUUCCAGAUGUAAGAUGUAUAUCUAGAUGUUUUUAAAUUGCACUUUGGAUGUUGUGGGAUUGUGUACCAAAUCUGAUAAGGGAUGCCUCAAAACUUGCUAUCAUACUUUUCCCCCCACUCCUACUCUUACUGAGAUGUGGUCAUUGUUUAAUGCAAUGAACAGCUGACAUCAUAAAAUUCAACUUCUUGUUCUUGUUUUGUGAAUAAUGCAGAGUUGUUGAAAUAUAAAUAUUCUAUUUUGUUCUGGUUAGUUAUGUGCUAGCCAUGAUAUUAUACUUUGUUUGCCAUGUUACCAUAGGCUCAGAUUGUUCCCAAUGUUAAUUUUAUAAAUGAUUUUUUUAUGUAUUUAAAAAUGCUUGUGUAUCAGGCAUUGACUUAAAAUUGGUUGUGCAGUUCCUUCAAGUGAUCCAGAUUUAGGGAGUCGCCAUGAUUUUAGAUUAAAUUUAAAGAAAAGUGUGUAUUGGGGCCACUCACCCGUGAUUGUGACUGAGAAGUACCAGAGAAAGUGAAUUUUUUAAAAGUUCAAAUACAUUUUUUAAUCCAUGAAAUGAGUAUUAAAAACACAUUUAAAUGAUGUCCUCUUAUACACAUGUUUAUUUCUGGCAUCUUCUCUGGCACUUUCACACAUCUGCUAUUGAAUUGACACUUGAUAUCUGUGGUAUAGACUACAAUGGCACACUUCUAGCUAUGUCAAUGUUGGAUAAAACAGAACUUUACAAUUUCAGUUACAAAAUGUUAGGGAAUGUGUGCAGCGUUAUAUUUCUUUUUCACCCAGUUAUUGUAACAAUAUUGAUGCACUCUUACACGAAUUUAUCUUAUUUUUCUAGAGCCAGGUUGACAGUGCCUCAUUAUUUAAAUGCAGUGGAGUUUCCAGACGGUGGGGUUGGCAUUUUAGCACUGGAGACAAUUGGUAAUAAAACACAACUUGGUCCAUUUGAGGCCAAGAAAACUAUGAACAAUAUCGACAGAGAAGAUCUUUUUGUUCUUAAGGUAUGAUAUAAAUACAAUGGCUAUCAAGCAUAUGCUUAUUUACAUGACAAAAAAAAAGGUUUAGCAUGAAACGUUUUUGCAUCUUAUUAUGGCUCAGCUUGUUAUGGAUGUUAUAUUAUCUAAUAAUAAACAAGUGAUGCAAGGAUCCUGAACUCCACCUUUACCAUGAUAUACCUUUUGCAUUCUAAAAGUGAAUUAUAAAUGUAAAGGGAUGAAUUUUUUGUUCAGAAAAAAAUCUUUAUUUUUAACUCCUUCAAUUCUACUAAAGAAAUAGGGUGUAAGCAAAGCCUUUUGCCACUUAAAAUUAAAAUGGCUUUGCUGAAAACAUCUGCAAUCAUAAGGACUAGAGACAAUCUUACUGAAUUUUUUGCCGUAAAUCAUAAUAUGUUAAGUUGUUAAAUGUUCAAACUAAAUUCGUUUGAUGACCAUUGCAUCUAAAACAAUUGUGUGUACCAACUCUAGUACUAAAUUAAUGUAAACAGAUUUUUAUGUCCUCUUGAUUUUAUGUCAAUUUAUAUCAGUUUAUAAUUUAUUCUCUUCAAAGUAAGAACAAAAGGCAUUGUUAGCUUAGGCAAAAAGGGUGAAGAUUAACAUGUCCUUUGCUUUUUAUAAAUUUGCUACAAAUGACGUCAACUGACAGGGUAAACAAGUUGAAUGUUAUUUUAAAAAAUUUUGUUGGUCUAAUGGCAUCUAAUUUCUUUAAAUUUUUCUUUAAAAAAUUGUUAUUAUUUGUUUUUUAACAUCAGAUCUUGUCUAAAGAUGGCAGUUCCAUAAGCCUUGAUGCUAGCAGUGAAGCAGAUUGUAACUGGAUGGCAUUGGUACAGGUGGCAAAAAAUGAAGAAGAGCAGAACUGUAUGGCCUACCAGCUUGGAAUCAAUAUUUUCUUCAACACCACAAGAGAUAUUUUCAUUGGCGAUGAGCUCAAAGUGUGGUAUGCUCCCCAGUAUGCUAAAAAGCUGAAUAAAUCACUUGUUCCGGAUGGCAAAACAAAAUGUAAGCAUACAUUUCUAUUACUGUGCUUGUUAGUUGCUUUCCAAAUUUUUGUGUUUCUGAAAAGUAAUUACUCAUUUCAUUUUUUAAAAAUUCCAGCAAUGCUUGGAGAGAUACUGUUUACUGAUGCAGAAGAUGAGCAAGAGGCCCAUGAAGGAACAGAUGAUGAAGAGUCUAAAGAUGCUGAUGCCAGCAGAGACUCUGCAGAAAUCCACCCAGAUGAUGUUGAAGGGGAUUAUACAUGCAAACAUUGUGAAGAGAAAUUCACAUCACAGUUUUUAUUUGCCAAACACAUCCGUGACCAUCUUUUUCCUGUGUACAAUUACAGUGAGGGUCCACCCAGGCGUGGUAGACGACCUGUGCCUCUAAAAGUUGGCGAGUAUAAAAAUUACUCACUACUCAGAGGAAGGGGAAGAGGUAGGGGGAGAGGAAGAGGCAGACCCAGAGGUAGUGGUGCUCGAAUACUAAGAACUGGAACAGGAAGGAGGCCGGGGAGACCCAGGCGCUCUCCAAUAGUUUCUGCCGAAAGUGAAACAGAAGAUUCCAAUAGUAAAAGACAAAAACUGAGUGGAGAAGAAGAUGAGGGUCAUGAGAGUGAGACACUAGACGAUAACCAGAAUAGUUUUGUGAAUAAUUCAGAAGGAAGUAAUACUGAUGUUACUCAAAAUAGCUUUGGGGACUCUGCUCCAUCAAUAAAAGUGGAAGAAAUAGCUGUUGUUGAGAAGAAAAAACGAGGGAGGCCACGGAAGAUACCAGUUGAGAGCUCAAGUGAAACUGUUAUCUCAACUCCUCAGAAAUCUCCAGACAUUUCUUUAGAUAUAGAAACACCGCACACUGAUGGAAAUCGUCCAAGGCGGAGUACCAGGUCUCUUAGAGGUUUGGGUAAACUUGGCAAAUGGCUUAAGUAUCCUGGUGAAGCCUCUUCAGAUGAAGAUAAUCAAGAAGGUUCAGAUGAUGAGGAUAAGGUCAAGGUGCCUCGUAAACGUUUCGGCAUGGCCAUGGCAGCUACUUUGAGGAAAGCUGCAAUGGAUGAAAUGACAUCUCCUGUUCCUAAGAGAAAAAGUUACAUCCAAGUUGUCGAUUCCAAAAGUCAGUCCCCCAAGAUAAUAAGUAAUGCGUCAGGCAUAAAAAGGUCAUUAAAUGUUGAGGAUAUCAAGACCAAGCUCUCCUUUGAAAAGCCAAUUGUCUUAACAGAAAAAAAUGGAGACGAAGAAGCAAGUUCCAGUGAUGUCAAGGUAGAAAAACCUCCACCAGUUGUAGAGUCCCCAAAGAAAUAUAUUGUCAUUACCAAAGGGGAUCAAACUACCACCUAUGAAAUCUCAACCACCUUAGACAGGAAAGAGCCUGUAGAGCCAUCUAAUAUUUCAGAAUCUACGAGUGGCACAACAAUGGUUGAAGAGACCAGAGCCCAAGUUAUUGAACUAAAAUCUGACAACAUUCUUAUAGAAGAAUCAACUGAUAUAAAAGAAGCCGGAGAGAUUCUCAACAGAACUGUCCUAAAUAAAGACUCUGAUAUAGAAGUGGGAACAAGAGAGGAGGUUGUUGGUGUGCCUCAUCAUGAGAGAAAGAACACAAUAGCUGAUCUGGACGGUACAGAUGCGCUGACGGCGCUUGUGAAUGCAGCCAUAUCUGCUGACAAAGUACCAGAUCCUAUUGCCAUGGUUGCUGCGGAUUUGUAUGAAGACAGGAGUAUGGAAGAUGAUGGGGACUCGGAUGAAUACAGAGUCAACCUAAAGAGAAGUAGCACAAAAUCCGCUUGGAUUACACACAAUGCUGAUACGGGAGAGGAAGGGGAAGACAGCGACAAUGACAGGCAUCAUCAGCCUUUGAGACAGAGGCGCAAGAAACGUCGGCGUGGAGAUGACCCCGAAUUAGAGGAGUUGGAAGGAAAAACUAAAAUUGUUGAAGGCCCAAAUGGCUCUGAAGAAUUUGCAUGUGGCAUAUGUAACAAACAUUUUACACAGUUGAAAUAUCUUAAGCUUCAUCUGCCGGCGCACACCGAUAGGUACAGGUGUAACAUUUGUGGCAAGAGAUUUGCCAGGAAUGAGUCACUGAUCAAGCACACCUGCGACGAUACUGCAAAUCUUGUUGAGCAGACUGUUGAUGAAGAAGGAAAUGAUACGUUCUGUUGCAGGGAAUGCGGUCGUUCAUUCAACCAGAUAAACUUUGCCAUUCGACAUGCAUCCAUGCAUCGCGCUCGCUUCACUUGUGACAAAUGUGGAAGAACUUUUUUGCGCCAGGUUUGUCAAUAUAAAGAUAUUUUUAUAAUAAGUACCUGGUAUGUUACUUUUAGUUUUGAAAAUCUCUGUGGUGCUAGAUAUUGACCCUAUAAAAAGAAAGAAAAAGACACUUUACUAGCAGUCUUUAACUUUAAUAAUUCUACAUGUAAAAUCUACAAAGUGUUGGGAUUAAAAAGCUAAUUUAUGUUUCUUUCAUUCAAACUAUGUUAUGAAUUUAUUUGCUGGGUACCUAAAUCAAUUUAUAUGCAUAUUUUAUUAAAAAGAUAUAAUCCUUUUAAGAAUUUAUUAUUUAAUCACAAGCAUGUGUUAACAGAACUAUGCACAUUGAAUUGCUUUAAUUUGUAUAGGGUUUUUGGUUGAAAAAAAUGAUAACACAUUCACAAAUUAUAAUUGAUGAGCUGGAAAAUUUUUAAAAAAUUGUAUAUCUUUCUUUUAAAAUGAUAUAACUUAAAUUUAAAACUGGAGAGUUAUGGCUCACUCUCACCUUGAUUACAAGCAUAUAUUUUUUUGCAAUUAUUUUCAUUGCUGUACUUUUGAAUGACACCAGGAUCUGUUGGAUGAGCAUGACUGCACCAGUGGACUACUAGAAGAAGGGGAAGUCUUCCAUGAUGCCAAUCACGAGUGUCAAAUUUGUCGCCAGUCGUUUACUAGUGGGAAGUAUCUGUUUAGGCAUAUGGCAAUGCAUACAGACAUCUACAAAUGUGAGGUAAGGCAAUAUUAUAUGAUGUGCAAAAAUCAAAACUAUAGUUAUUUUUGUUGUGUGUGUGUGUGUUUUUUUUUUUUUUUUUUUUUUUUUUUUUUUUUUUUUUUUUUUUAAAAAUAUUUUUUUUUUUUUUUUUUUGUUUUUUUUUUUUUUUUUUUUUUUUUUUUUUUUUUUUUUUUUUUUUUUUUUUUUUUUUUUUUUUUUUUUUUUUUUUUUUUUUUGGUUUUUUAAAGAAGAUAUUCUGCUAUUUUUAAUUUAUAUGAUGGCAUGGGUGUUUUAUGUAGUACAGUUGUGAUUUUUAUUGCAGUUUGACUUCUUUGUUUUUUAAAUAUGAAUAUACCUAUAAACAAAAAUGGCGAAUGAUAUCCAAUUAAUCAAUUAUUUAAUUCCUUUGUUAUGAGGAGUCAUUGGUUAAUUAAAUGGUAAGAGCAAUUUACAACUUAAAGGUCUAAAUCUUUUUAUUUGCUUCUGUUUCAAUAGUUUGAACUCAAUCCAUCUUGUAGCAUAAAAAUAUUGUUUAAAAUUCACCAAAAAAUGUGUAAAAAAUUUCAUGUUUUAGAGUCGCUCUUACAAGGAUUUUAUUUAAUUUUAGGUUUGUGGCAAAUGCUACUCUCGUAAGGAUUCUCUUCAAAGGCACAUUUCUCGUUGUUGUCCAGAACUCUCCGGAGAGUACAGUGUGCAUGUGUGUCCCAAUUGCAAAAAGACUUUUGGCACACAACUGGGGUUACAGAACCACACACUUAACUGUGGCAAGUAUCAAUGUGGGGCUUGUAAAGUGGCAUAUUUUUCCCUGAAAGACCUUGCAGAACAUGAGUGUGCAGGAAAGGUCCUCAAUGAAAAAGCAAAUGUUCAGUUCCCAUGUAAGGAAUGCAAUAAAACAUUUGCCAGCAUUGCAUACUUAGUACGUCAUGAAGCCUCUCAUCAUGGAGCUUUCAAAUGUGAUCUUUGUGAGCGUGUUUUCAUUCGCAAAGAAGAGCUGAACUGGCAUGCACCUGUGUGUGCGACGAAACAGAAGAUUCAGCAGGACGGAAGUGCUCCUUGUGAAUCUUGUGGUGAAGUCUUCAAUGAGUGGCUAGCUUUCAAGGAGCAUCAUAUGACCCACACACAUCCACAUAAAUGCGACAAAUGUGGGAAAAGGUUUAUAAAGGUAACUGUUAAAAAAACAGAUUGCAUUAGUAAACUGUGUUGAAUGACCUUUUAGUGAUAUAGUUACAUUGUUUUUAUGUUCUCCAGAUAAUGCAAUUUAUAAAACUUAUCGCUUUUAUUUGUGAUCAAACUAAGUACAUCCAUGUUACUUUUUAUGGUUUCAUUUAUAUCAAAGUUGAAUUUCUGGUGAAAAUUUUAGCUUUUAAGCAGAAAAGGAUGUUAGCUUUUUAAGCGAUUAAGUAGCAACUUGUAACAUAAUUAAUCAUUAGCAGCUACUGAUUUAGAUAAAAGUUGUGUGUAUUUUUCAAGCUGAAAUUAAUAAUGACUGAAUUCUAUACUUUUCUAUUUUAGAUUGGCACCCUCCAUAAUCACAAAUGUGAAGCUUUGGGUGAAGUGGGCACAGAUCAGUCAACCUUCUUAGCCUGUGACAUUUGCCAAAAGCCAUUUAAAAAUGAACGCUACUUGUCACGCCACCUCUCACUCCAUGGCCAGCCAGAAUUUGCUUGUGAAUUUUGUGGGAAGCUUUUUACCCGCAAAGAUUACCUUAAUGAUCACCAAUGCCGCUUGCCCAAUGGUACAACAGUUAGAAUGGUGCGAAAGAAAAAUCGUCUUUUUAUCAAAGAUAAUCUUUCUUGCCCCGACUGUGGAAAAACAUUUAGGUAAAACAUACAUUUAUUUCAAUUUCUUUGCAUUCGGAAUUUUCUCUCUCUUAAACUUUAUUUAAAUGUGAUCUUUUCCCUCCAUACCUAAUAAAACUAGAAGUCUCUAAAUUUUAAUUACUAUAAAUUAAAGCUUUUUUUCAGUUGUGGAUGUAUAUCUAAAAAAAAAAAUUGUUUCCUGUUUGUUUCUUCACAGUUCAAGAAGUAACAUGAUGAAACAUUUGAAAGUUCAUGGGGAGAAACAGGCUGAGUGCCACAUAUGUAGGAAACGGUUCCAUUAUGAAAACUAUCUGAAGCUUCAUGUGGCAACAGUGCACGAGAAACAGUAUCAGCUGCAAUGCACUCAUUGUGGCAAAGUUCUUUUUUCUAAGGUAAGCAAAUAAAUGUGUAAAGGAAUGCUCUUAUUUAAACUAAUCAAUUCUGCCACCUAUUCAAUGGUGAAAUAAAUUGUGGAGAUUUGCAUACAUUCUCUUUAAUUUUUUGUAUCAAUGGCAAUUAAUUUUUUUUUUGGUAUAUCAUUUUUUUGAAUGGUCCAAAGAAGUAUAAAUUUAACCUUGUAUAACGGUUUUGUCUUUACCACCUGGAAACUACUUAGAAUAAUCUAAAAUACUUUAGUUUUAUUUGUCAAAUAGAUAUGUAAUCUUUUUACAGACUGGUCUCAUAGCUCACAUUAAACAGUUUCAUGCGGACACAAUCAAACUAUACCCUUGUCCAAAAUGUGGCAAGACAUUUCGGCAGAAAGGAAACAUGAAGACUCAUCUCAUCUCCCACACGAAAGAGAGAGCUUACAAAUGUGACGUUUGUGGAAAGGUAAUUUUAUUUUUUGGCAAUAAGCAUAUUUAUUUAACAAAUGUGCAUAGAAAGUACUUUAAUAUAGAAAAAGAAAAAUAAAAUUUUAGGAGAUCACUAAUAAACCUUUCUUAUCUUAUAUGUCUGUUUCAUUCUCAUAUACUAUGACAGGGUUCUGAUUACUUACGAUUAAGCUAACUACAAUUUUUUUUGAUUUCAGGCAUUUAAAUAUCCUGAUCAGCUCAACAGGCAUAGAUUGGAACACACACUUCAACAAAAGUAUUCUUGCGAUCUGUGUGAUAAGCAGUUUGUUCGCACAUAUGAGCUGCGUAACCACAUGCGCAACUAUCACAGUGGAUAUGUAUAUGUAUGUGGUGUAUGUCACGAAUGUUGCGCCCACAGACACACUAUAAUUAGGCAUUAUAAACGCAAGGUAAGCAAAUUUAUUUCAUCAUUAAGGUACGUUCACACUGCAGAUUUUUUGUAGCUCUGUGGUGAAUCCAUGUAAUGUUAUGUUGGGAAUCUACUGAUAUUUAUUGAUGUUUACAAUCUCCAGCUGAAAGAGAUAUCCCAUGUAGGUGUUUGCACUAAGCAGGCACAACUAUGCAGAACUUUAGUUGAUAUUUACUUUUUUUUUAAAAUGUAAUAAAUUCCACUUUUUAAAACAAGAUAAACAGGUUUUGCAAUAAAAGCAGACCUGAAAUUUAUUUCACAAAAUUUCAAUAAUUGAACUACAAAAUAUGGUUCUCAUAGAAUACAACUAAUAAUUAAUAUUUAUCAACAAGUAAGCUGAUAAUAAAUUCAAUAAUUUUUUUUUACCACUCCAUUUUCUAACGGUCAGUUGCUAUGUUACUAACCUGAUAGCGCAUGCACAUAGAUAAAAAUAUGAGGGAUUGUUUUUGUAUAUUGCCAGCAGACAAUAUACUGCAACAUACACCAAUCCGGUGAUAAUGACCACUGUUUGCCCCAAUGUUACGAGCAGCCAGGGCUCUCAGAAAUCUUGUAAAUAGUAAUGUAACAGCUUCCUUGCGUAGAGUCUCAGAAACAAACCGGUGGUUUGAACAUACUUUGAAAGCUGCAAAUUUGUGUAGUUUUUAGGUUUUCAGCAAUAGAUCAAAAUUUCGGCUUUAUGGACAAUAUGGAAUUAUAUUGAAUAGACCAAGUUCGACAAUGAUGUCAAAUUCCAUCAGUGUGAAAAGAUUAACUUAAGUGUACUUUUAACUGAAAAUGAAUCAGUGAUUUAGAAAAGUGUACUCUCCGUUGUUUGAAAUGCAUUCUUUCCCCUUAUCUUAAAUGACAGCACAGUGUUAGAUUAUUUCAUAUAUUUAUUUUUAAUUUAAUUUUACAUUUUUUUAAAAAUUUGCUCAUCGUGAAAGAAUUUUCAUCUCAUGUAGACAAGUAUGCUUUGUGCCUUUUAGGAACCAAAUUUGUAUGGCUUAACUUGAUUUUGACUUAGCUGACAUCUGAUAAUAAAGAAAGAAAAAAAAAAACUGAAAUAAUUAAACAAAAAUCUUUACACUUCUUUACUUAGUCAAAUGAUAGGUGUUAUUGAAAAAGGAUAGGCUUUCAUGUGGCUAUAAAAAUGUUGCAUUUUUUUAUGUGCAGAUUAUUUAUCCAAUUAUUGUUAAUUAUGAAGUUUAUCAUUCAUUUAAGAAAUUUUUAAUUUCAAUAGACAAUGUAGAAAAUAUAAAGAAAGUAUGUUUUAUUAAAAAAAAUUAAUAUCCCGUUUUAUUUCAGCACCCAGAAGUCGGGAACGUCUUUGAGGAAAAGCCAGAGUUUCUAGAUUCACUUCAGAAGCCAGUUACGGCUGCAACACAGUCUCGUAUGAUGAUAGAAAGUGAUGACAUUAAACCCAGCAUCGUCCGCGUCGGCCUACCCAGAUCCCAUGAGAUUAUUGUUACAACUGAUGAAGAUGGAAAUCAAACUUACACUGGUGGAGAAGUCAUGCUUCAACAAGUAAGCUUCUGAUUUUUUUCCAUUAUGUCUGCAUUCAGCAAUGCUAAAAAAAAAAUCAGUUAUAUGAACAGUCAGUUGCUGUAUAUAUAAUUUGAAGGUUGACAAAUGCACAAAAUCCAUUGAAAUUUUCAAUUAAGAUUUUUAAAAUAAUUUUUUGAUGAUUUCUAUUUGCUCAUUAUGGGUAGAUGUAGAUUAUGACAUAAUUUAUAUUUUUGAUCUUGAUUGUUUGAAAAUUCUAAAAUCAUUUUCAAAGUUUGGAUUUAUUAGCUAUACACAAACUAGGUUAUUUCCAAAUUUGAUUAAAUAACCAGCUGUUAUGACAUUUUCUGCAAUCAACAAUUUCACACACACAAAAGAAAAGACACAAUCUUCACUUUCAAAAAUUUGGGUGAAAAGUCAAAGAAAGUGCCUUUAAAUAUAAAAAAAUUCCAAAAUGAUGGAACAGAUCAUUUAUGUCAUAACGGUUAGUAAAAGUUGAAUGUCUCUAUGAUUACAGGGUGUCUCAGGAGAAUUGGGUAAUGGAGAACAAGCCAUGCGCAUAGAUAGGCCAGGUGGAGAAUCUACUCUUUUCAUCUUGAAGGUAGGAACAAAUUGUAUCAGAAUAUUGAAAUUAUUGUCAGUUUUUUUAAAGGAUAUGUGAGGAAAUGCUCAUGCUUGGACAGUCUUUGUUCUAGUUUUACUCUUGUGUUAUAAUCAUUUGGUUGAGCACAUUUUAAGCUGCUUGUGAUCAACAGGUGGUCAACCAAGAUGAAAACGGAUCAAUCCAAGAAAUGGAACUUACUGAAGACACAAAGGCCCAUCUGGCCCAGCUGCUACAGGCUCAUGGUGCUGGCCAGGACACGAUUACCCACAUCCAGGUAUGGAUUUCAGCCGACCAGGUUAAGAACUACCAUAGGCUUUAAAGCUGGAACUUAUUAAAAAAAAUCCUGUUUAAUGACGAAGAGAGUUGCCAGUGAAAUGUUGGCAAUGUACUGAAAUGGGGCAAGAGGUGGGGAUGGUGUUAAAAAUGGGAAUGAAAAUCUUUUAAGCAUUUCAUCAAAUUUCAAGAGAGUGAAAAAGCAAGUGAUUUGCAAGAGUGUGCUGGAGGUUGGGGUUAAUUUUUUUCGUGUUUUUUUUUUUAAAACUCAAGAAUAAAGGAAGAAAUCAUUUUCACAAAAAUAUAGUUCACAUGGAAGUUUUAAAUAAAUUGUUUUAGAAAAUUAUUCAAUGCCUCAUUCCGAAUUUUCAUUUGGUGAGAACGACUUGUUGUAGUUACAAAAAUUAAAUUAAAGGAAGCAUAAAUAAUGCUUUUAUCAUUUGCCACAAUAUGACAUAUAGAUUUGUAAAUAGAUCACCGUUACCAAGUAUUCAAAAUGUUACCCUUAUGAUGCCCUUAGAUUAAUGCAGCUCAAUUUUUAUAAGAAAAUAACAACAGCAAAGAAAAUAUAUAUUUAUUAAAAUAAUUUUUCAUGUAUCAAACAAAUAUUGACAAUUCUCUAUAAAAUAUUCACUCAUGGCUGUUGAACAAUUUUGUUUGGAGCUCUGCACAGCCUCCAAACAGCUCCAGUUUCACACCCCCCCCCCCCCCCCCCCCCCCCCAUAGCCCUGCAAAAUGUAAAAUACUGUGUUUUAGUCCAGCCUUUCUAAACGUUUUUUUUUGUAUCCUGGCAGACUUAUACGUUCUAUUCUCCUGGCAUACUUUAACUUUAACGUUUUAUUCAGCUUCCUGCAGCCCCCACCCAUCCCCAACCUUCAUUAAUAUAAAUAAAACGGCUCUUGUUCUAUACAUUACAAUGUUUUUUUUCAAUGGUACUUACAGGUUGGAGAUCAGACCCUACAAAUUCAAAGAGAGGAUGAAGAUGGCAAUGCUAUCCUUGAUGACGAUUCUGCACAGAUGGGCAUGGAACAGGACAUCAAAUUUGACCCCCAGCACCUUGCUGAAUUAUCAGUUCAAGGAGACUCGGUGGUGACCAAACUUAGCUCUGGGGCAAUAGAAGCAGAGUUAGGUCAGAAUCUGGGUGACGGAUCGACUGAUGAAGUAUCCAUGCAAUCGGGCCAAGUUGUUGGGAUGGAAGGAGUGCAGGUUGUGGAAAUGGAAGGGGGGAGGUUGGGUCAGAUUAUCCACAUGGGUGAAGAUAUGGGGUCAGGAGUUGGAAUCCAGAUGGAGAGCGGUCAAGUUAUCCACCUGGACCGGAGCCAAAUUCUGGAGAUGGAGGGUGGUGGUAGGGUAGUCGUGUCCUCUGGAGAUUUUGUGUCUCAUCACAUGGAAGGGUUGUCGGAGCUGAAGGUGACCAAGAGAAGGUGCAGCAACGGAGAGAUUGUUGUGGAGGUGGAGGGCCAGGAUGGCCAGAUGGUGGACAUGGGCCAGGGCCUGGAUCACGGUCACCAUGUGGUGGAGGAUUGUCUGGAGGUGGAUGAGGAGCAGGAUGUGAUGGAGGUCGAGGAGGGAGUGGUUAUUAAAGAGCAAGGUGAACUUGGGAUGGAUCAAGGUGAAGUUCAUCCUGAGGAAGAGGAAAUCCAAAGCUAGUGACAGGCAGGUUUUUUUUAGCCCGUUCAAAUUUAAUGCAACCCAUUUGUGUAAAAGAAAACUACUGGUGGUAGUUGAAUGAGCUCAUUUAUAAUAACUAUAUUCUUAUAGUUGUAAACUAGUGUUGGAUAAAUCUUCUGUUCCCAAAAUAUGUUAUACCCACUUCAGUUUUUUCUAGGGUUCUAAGAUCAUCACUAAAACUUUUGUAUAGCACCGUCAUAUUUAUUUUGACUGCUAACGUGUUUCUCAAAUGGUACACCCUUGAGGGUGAGUUGCAAUGAUGUCUUACAUUUCUAGUAAAUGUUUUAAAAUUAUUAUAUAACGUUAAGUUUAUCAUGUUGAAAAAUCACAACAGUCUUCAAAUAGACAAGCAUCAAAACAAUUUUAGAACACCCCCAUAAUAUGCUGUGAUCAGAAUUUCAUAAAGUAGUCCUGGCACAGUGCACUUGCCAUUAUCUGAUCUAGAUUUGGUCACAUUUUUUGUUCCCCUUCAUUUUUAAAAAAAACAAAAUCCUUCGCCAAGUUGGCUACACUCUUUGCCCUUUGGUGGUUGAGUUUUUGUGUGUGAAGAUAUGAUUAGGUUGGCCUGAGAGAGUCCGGUUCAAGCCGAUGUCAUCCCAAAAUCUGCAGCUAUAUUACAAGUUACUCUGUCUUGGUCAUCUAAUACAAAAAUGUUCAGUAUCAUAUCAUUAAUAGACAUUUGAUCAUUUACAAAAAUAUCUGCACAAAUGAAAAGUAACUGAGCCCCCGACGCUAUGGCUCACGGAAAAAAAAAAAAAAGAAUUGAUUAAAUAGUUCUUACAUUGUUUCCUCCCUUAAUUUAUCUCUGAAAAAA